AUGAGGAACCUGCAACUGACAGCGAAGGGUUCGUCGGCGGCGAUUGAUACCGGCGAAGAAGAGAGGUUACUGAGCUCUUACGAUGAGGAGAAUUUUGAGAAAAUAUCGGGGAGUUUCAGGAGAAUUCAGGUUAGCGUUUCAGGUAUGACGUGUGCAGCUUGCUCAAAUUCCGUGGAAUCAGCUCUCACGAGUUUAAACGGCGUCGUGAAGGCCUCCGUUGCCUUGCUACAGAACAGGGCUGAUGUCACUUUUAAUCCUGCCUUAGUCAAGGAUGAAGACAUUACAAAUGCAAUAGAAAAUGCAGGAUUCGACGCUGAGGUUCUGUCUGAACCACAAGGAAUUCUGAGAGCUCUCCCAGGUGUGAAGAAGGCUGUAGUUGCUUUGGCUACUUCAUUUGGGGAGGUCGAAUAUGACCCCACUGUUAUAAGUAAGGAAGGUAUAGUCAAUGCAAUCGAAGAUGCUGGCUUUGAGGCUUCCUUUAUGCAGAGUACUGGGCAGGAUAAAGCUGUAUUAGGGGUUAAUGGAGUAUCAAGUGCAACGGAUUUACAGCUGUUAGAAGGCAUUCUUUGCAACUUAAAGGGCGUGAGACAAUUUCAUUUUGAGCGAACAUCAAAAGAGUUAGAAGUUCAUUUUGAUCCAGCGUUUCUUGGUUCUAGAUCAUUAAUUGAUGAGAUUGAAAAUGGAAGCUAUGGAAAAUUCAAGUUACUUGUCAAGAAUCCUUAUACAAGAAUGGUUUCUAAAGAUCUAGAAGAAUCAUCAAAGAUGUUUCGGCUAUUUACUGCAUGCUUGUUUCUUAGCGUUCCUGUCAUUUUCAUGCGAGUCGUCUGUCCUCAUAUCCCUUUCAUAUAUUCUUUACUAAUUCGGCGAUGUGGUCCUUUUCAAAUGGGUGAUUGGCUGAAGUGGGCUUUGGUGACUAUUGUUCAAUUUGUUAUUGGUAAGCGUUUCUAUGUUGCAGCUAGCAGAGCACUUCGGAAUUGUUCAACAAAUAUGGAUGUUUUGGUUGCAUUGGGAACUUCAGCUUCAUAUUUCUACUCUGUGUAUGCAUUAUUAUAUGGUGCAUUCACUGGGUUCUGGUCUCCUACAUACUUUGAAACAAGUGCAAUGCUAAUAACAUUUGUACUUUUUGGUAAAUACUUGGAAAGUCUUGCAAAGGGAAAAACAUCAGAUGCUAUCAAAAAGCUCGUGGAACUCACACCUGCCACUGCUGUAUUGCUUGUCAAAGACGAAGGUGGAAAAAUUGUUGGAGAAAGAGAAAUUGAUGCCUUGCUAAUUCAGCCUGGCGACAUAUUAAAAGUACUUCCUGGCGCAAAGGUUCCUGCUGAUGGUUUGGUUGUUUGGGGUUCAAGCUAUGUAAAUGAGAGUAUGGUUACUGGUGAAUCUGAUCCUGUUCUGAAAGAAGUCAAUUCAUCAGUUAUUGGGGGUACAAUAAACUUGCAUGGUUCGCUUCAUGUACAGGCCAAUAAGGUUGGAUCCAAUACAGUUUUGAGCCAAAUUAUAUCUCUGGUUGAGACUGCGCAGAUGUCAAAAGCUCCCAUUCAGAAGUUUGCGGACUUUAUUGCAAGCGUCUUUGUCCCCGUGGUUGUGACUCUGGCAUUGAUGACAUUACUAGGAUGGUAUCUUGCUGGACUUCUUGGAUCCUACCCCAAAGAGUGGCUGCCAGAAAAUAGCAACUAUUUUAUUUUUUCCCUCAUGUUUGCUAUAUCAGUCGUGGUAAUUGCUUGCCCAUGUGCACUUGGACUGGCCACACCUACUGCUGUCAUGGUUGCAACAGGGAUUGGAGCUAACAACGGUGUCCUCAUCAAAGGAGGAGAUGCAUUAGAGAGGGCACAAAAGAUCAAUUAUGUGGUAUUUGAUAAGACAGGCACCUUAACUCAGGGAAAAGCCACAGUUACAACUGCAAAAGUUUUCUCAGGAAAGGAUCGCGGUGAAUUUCUUAAAUUAGUGGCUUCAGCUGAGGCCAGCAGCGAGCAUCCUUUGGCUAAGGCAAUACUCGAAUAUGCCUGCCAUUUCCAUUUCUUUGAUGAAGCUUCCACUAUGAAGAAUGUCCAAAAUAAGUUCUCUGGAUGGCUUCUCGGCGUCUCGGAUUUUUUAGCCUUGCCUGGAAAAGGCAUUCAGUGCUUUAUAGAUGGAAAACAUGUUUUGGUUGGUAACCGGAAGCUGAUGACUGAAAAUCAGGUUAUUAUUUCGAGUGAUGUGGAAAAUUUUGUUGUAGAGUUGGAGGAAAGUGCUGAGACUGGAAUACUUGUGGCGUAUGAUAAUGAACUAAUUGGUGUUCUUGGGGUAGCAGAUCCACUAAAGAGAGAAGCUGCUGUUGUCAUGGAGGGCCUUGUGAAAAUGGGUGUUAAUCCUGUCAUGGUUACUGGGGAUAAUUGGAGAACAGCUCAGGCUGUUGCCAAGGAGGUUGGCAUUAGAGAUUUUAGGGCAGAGGUGAUGCCUGCUGGAAAAGCAGACGUUAUUCGUUCAUACCAGAAAGGCAGAAAUGUAGUUGCAAUGGUGGGUGACGGCAUUAAUGAUUCUCCUGCCUUGGCUGCUGCUGACGUUGGUAUGGCAAUCGGGGCAGGGACAGAUAUUGCAAUAGAAGCUGCCGACUAUGUGCUGAUGAGGAAUAAUUUAGAAGACGUCAUCACAGCUAUUGAUCUUUCAAGAAAAACUUUCGCCAGGAUUAGAUUGAAUUAUGUAUUUGCUAUGGCUUACAAUGUGGUAGCUAUACCAGUUGCUGCCGGGGUUUUAUUUCCUUGGCUGAAAGUGAAGUUGCCACCAUGGGUAUCCGGUGCAUGCAUGGCUUUGUCAUCCUGGAUCCUACUGGUGCCUGCAGUGGAUCCUACUGACUACAUGAGACUUGAAGUUGGGAUGCUUUUGAAAAACACAACUGUUGGAGUUAAGGUGAAGCCUGCAAGUAGGGCAGGAAGAAUGAGAGAGAAGCCACUUAUCAGCACAAUGAAGAUGGAACUGAUGGUUGCAUUAUGGAAGGAUUGGAUUCUAUCACCAUUGGAGACUUCCAUUAAACAAAUUGCACAGCUUGAAGCCGACAAUGGUGAGCAAACAGCAAUUGCCAAAGUUACCAUGUCUUUCCUUUUAAGGUCAGCGUUCACUAUACGUGAUGCAACCUAG